UCUAGGGAGCCCUCUGGCUAGAAGGCAGGCAGGCAGGCUUCCCUCCCUCCGAGGGAGGCUUCCUCCUCCCUGCCUGCUGCUUCUACACUCCCAUUACCUCAAGCCCCCACACUGUGCCCAGGGACCCACUGGGACAGUUAAGUGCCGGGUGGCCCUCCAGCAAGCUCCCAAGCGGGAACAUGGGACGGCUCUGCUCAGAACCCAGAUGUCUCCGGGAGACCCAGCCCUUGGCUCAGUAGCUCACCAGGACUCCUGCAGCUGGAGGCUAUGUCAUACCAUCUGUUGCUGUCUGACUGCUAAUCCCGCACCAUGACUGAGCCUGUCCCCACCAAACAGCCUGCUACCAGGGUUGCCCUCAGAGGAGGGAGCCGGACAUGUCCACAUUUGCUUCUACUUCUGCUCAGGGACAUCUCCCCACCACAGUGAAGCCAAGAAUCCCUGCCUUCCCCCAUGCUUCUGUGAUGCUGCCCCAUCUGACUUCUACAGGCCCGAGCUACUCGAUGGCCUAAUCCUGUUCUAUGUGCCUCUGGCAGGUUCUCAGACAGGGACACAUGUGCCAAGUGCCCUGCUAGUCUCUGGACUGACAAACUGUCUCCGGGCUCUUCUACAGCUCUUCCUGCUGGACAGAUGUCCAGCUCGCCUAGAAGGAUGGAGCCAUUGCUUCACACUGAUUUUUGUGGCUCUCUCAGCAAAUCCUGAGAACACAAGAGCCAUGGAUGUGGCAUCUCCAGCCCACACCAUAGGUGUGGGGAUUCACCUGGGCAGUGCAGAGUCAGUAGCCAGCAACAGUACGUCCCCAGCCUUCAACCUGUCCCACCCGCUGCUUGGCACCGCCCUGGCAAACCAGACUGGGGAGCUCUCUGAGCAUCAGCAGUAUGCCAUCGCCCUCUUCCUCUCAUGCCUCUACACCAUCUUCCUCUUCCCCAUCGGUUUUGUGGGCAACAUCCUGAUCCUGGUGGUCAACAUCAGCUUCCGGGACAAGAUGACCAUCCCUGACCUGUACUUCAUCAACCUGGCAGCCGCGGACCUCAUUCUGGUGGCUGACUCCCUGAUUGAGGUGUUCAACCUGGACGAGCAGUACUAUGACAUCGCUGUGCUCUGCACCUUCAUGUCCCUCUUCCUACAGAUCAACAUGUACAGCAGUGUGUUCUUCCUCACCUGGAUGAGCUUUGACAGGUACAUUGCACUGGCCAAAGCCAUGCGCUCCAGCCUCUUCCGCACCAAGCACCAUGCCAGGCUGAGCUGUGGCCUCAUAUGGAUGGCCUCUGUCUCCGCAACCCUGGUACCCUUCACAGCUGUGCACCUGCAGCACACGGAGGACAUCUGUUUCUGCUUUGCUGACGUCAAGGAGGUGCAGUGGUUGGAGAUCACAUUGGGGUUCAUCAUCCCCUUUGCCAUCAUUGGACUCUGCUACUCCCUCAUCGUCCGUGUGCUUGUCAAAGCUCAUAAGCACCGGGGACUGCGGCCACGGAGGCAAAAAGCACUCCGCAUGAUCUUCGCCGUGGUCCUGGUCUUCUUUAUCUGCUGGCUGCCAGAGAAUGUGUUCAUCAGCGUCCACCUCCUGCAGCGUACGCAGCCGGGGACCGCACCAUGCAAACAGUCCUUCCGCCAUGCCUACCCCUUGACUGGCCACAUUGUCAACCUGGCAGCUUUCUCCAACAGCUGCCUGAACCCCCUCAUCUACAGUUUUCUGGGGGAGACCUUCAGGGACAAGCUCAGGCUGUAUGUGGAGCAGAAGACCACGCUGCCGGCUCUGAACCGCUUCUGCCAUGCCGCCCUGAAGGCAGUCAUCCCAGACAGUGCCGAGCAGUCAGAUGUCAGGCUCAACAGUGCAGUGUAAAGAGCCCACCUAAAAGGUAAUCGCUCACACCUGAGCUGGGGGCGGGGCAGGAGGGGUGGCCUCAGUGCCUCACAGUCAGUUCCCCCUGCUAGGUCCCCCUUACAAUUGCUGGGGAGCCAUGUUCCACUCUCCUGACUUCAUCCUGACUUGCCUCAAUCUGUGUCCAAGUGCUCACAGCUGAGGGCCCUGCCGUCUGACCUCAGGGGGCCCAGGUCCACCUUGCUGCCUGGCUCUGCCUCCAUACACUGUGCUCCCAGUGGAAACCAUUCUGCCACUGACCAGUGCAAGCCCAAGAUGGGGGUCUGCUUGUGUUACAAGGCCAACCUGCAGCAGGAGGAAAUGAAGUCUGGAGACAGAACACACUCAACCAAACCAACCCAAACUGGAUACAUACUGCAAUGCCUGUGACGCGGGAGUUCACAUGCAUGGGCUGCCAGGGCACUGGAGGCCCUAUGAGAACAAAGUGGAUCACACCAGAGCACAGGGAAGGCAGGACAGCAUGCCUGCCUGCACCACCAGCCCGUUGGGUGGCAAUUCCAGGAAUGUGGAGGGCAGUCUACAGAGUGCUGUGGUGAGAUGUCCUGGCAUGUGUGGCUGAUAAUCUGCCUCUCCAACGAUGAUGUCACAAACCGAUCAAAAAACCAAAAGACAAACUAAUGGUGGCUAGUACUGUUCUGUGUCUGUCAAUAAAAUGUAGUUAUGUGCUGA